AUGAAAUGGAAUAAAGGUGCAAAAGAAGGUAUUGUGGUUGCUGGAGGACAAGGCGAAGGGAAUGCUCUGACACAAUUGUCUUUUCCUAAUGGAAUAUUCGUUGAUACAUUGGGUACACUCUAUGUAGCAGACAUGCGGAAUCAUCGUGUAAUGCGUUGGACUCAAGGAGACCAGAAACAAGGCACUGUAGUUGCGGGUGGAAAUGGUCGAGGAGAAGGAGCAGAUCAGUUCAACGGUUCCGCUGGUUUGUCUUUCGAUCAACAUGGUAAUCUCUAUGUCGUCGAUAAUGGUAAUCAUCGUGUUCAACGAUUUUCUAUCGAAUAA